AUGAAUACUUAAAAUUAUGUUGAUAACCAAUUUUAAGAUAGUAAUAUACAAGAACCAAAUAACUCUAUUAAUAGUAAGAGAUAAAGAAAUAGUUCAAGAGUAAAAUCACCUGAAAAACAAUUAGAUUAAAUUAAUAAACUUAAGUCAUAAUCAAUGCAAAUUUAGAACUCUAGUAAGAAAAGACCUUCUAAGAAAAAGCAAGGCAAAGUGCUUUCUCUAAUGAACACAACAAAAAAAUCGUUUUAUCCAACUUAAUAUAAAAAUUCUAAACAAUCAAUUUAAUCAUUAACUUCAACAAAUCGAAAACAUAAUUUUAAGAAUAAUGAUAUAAAUUAAAGUCAAACAGUAUUUAAAAAAUAACAAUCUAAGGUAGAGAAUAUUCAAGACAAUACAAUUAAAUUAUAAAUAAAACAAUAAAAUUUAUAAAAGAAUUAGCUUAAAUAAUCAAUACCGAAAAAAGAAGAUAAUAUUUAAGAAUAAUAAAAUCAGACUCAUAAAAAGUCAAAUGAUUUAUAUAUGACUUUAAAGAAAGCCUAAAAUUCUAUAAAUGCAAAAAAUUAUGAAAUUUAGAUAUUACAAGAAUAAAAAAAAAAGUAAUUAUAAAAUUAGAAUUAGAAUAGAGAAUCAAGUUAAAUUAGAAGAGUUGAAAUAAAAGAUAGUUACAAAGAAUAAAAUAUUAGAUUAAAAAAGCAAAUCACCCAAAAAAGGAAAAAAGAAAAUGAAAAAAUAAAAAAGAAAUCCAGCUAAUAUUCAAAAUCAAGCCGAUUAGAGUAAAUAAGAAAUUUUAUAACCUAAUUUCUUAAAAACUGUAGAUUUAUAUAAUGUUUCUUUGAAAAGAAGAAGAUCUUCAUCAUCAAAAUUAAACGAAAAAAAAGCAGAAAAUAAUUAAUAAUAAUUUGAUAAAUUGCAUCAUCAUAAUGAUAAUGAUUUAAUACUAAAUAAUGAAAUUGAUGCUUUUUUUAGGAAAUACUCUCCCACUUUAUAUUUAUAAAAAAUGAUAAAAAAAUUAAUUCUACUGUUUUAAGAUUCUUAAAGCAUAAACACAACUUUGUCUGAUUUUAAUUUUAAACUUCUAAUAUAUCAAAGCAUGUAAUAAGCUGUAAUGAAAAUAUAAAAGGCUUGGAAAUAAUUUUAUUAAAGAUUAAAAUAAAAAGGUUAAAGAAUUUAUUAAAUAGAAAUUAAAAGAUUAAUCUAAAAAAAUUAUAAAUCUUUAUUUAAUGAUUAAACAUAGAAGAAAUCUUACUAAAAUUAGAUUAAUAAAGUAUUAAAAUAAAAAGUACCAAUAUAAAUAGUAGGAAGUAAAUAGUAAAUAAAUUAAUAAUAAGAAGAGUAAGAUAAUGUUAAGAUUAAAAACUUAAAGCCUAAAUAAAUAAUAGAAGAUUAAAGAGUAAUUAAUAAAAUUCCUUUAGUUAUAGAAAAUUAAACAGAUUUUUAAAUUUGUCAAAGCAAUUAAUUGAGCAACUCAUAAAGUAUUUAGAAUGCUUCACAAUUUGAACAAACAAAUAUGGUAGAUGAAAUUUAAAAUUAAUUGAAUGGAUGGAAAUUUAAUUUAGAUACUUAUGAUAAUGAUUAAAAAAAGAAAAUAGCUAUGAGAAACUUAAAAAAACAAAUGAAACAUGCAAUAAUUUCAAUUAUUAAGACUUAACUAUCCAAAUUUAAGAUAAAUUCUCAAUAAUCUGAGCAUUCUUUUGAUACAAAAUUGAGAUAUUCUUAAGAAUUAAGUUUUGAAAAAAACUUUAAUUAAUUAAGAAAGAAAGUUAAAGCUUUUUAAAAUUAAAGUGAAGUUAGAUUAAUUUAAUCAUCUAAAGAUUAAACAACAGAAAUUAGUAAAUCAUCAUUAUUAGUAUUAUAAUCUUAAUUGAUGAAAAAAGAAACAGAACUUUUAAAUAUGAGAGAAGAAGCUAUAUAAUUGAGAUAUUUGACUGAAAUAAAAAAAAUUGAGAAUGAUGAAACAAAGAAAGGAGAUUUAAAUAUUUGGUUAAAAAAAGAAUUAGAAGAUUUAUAGAUUACUAGAUAGUACAUUGAAUUAAGUAAAAAAAAAGAAGCAAGUGCUAUGAAAAAGAUUUAAAGAGAUUUAAUGAUUGCAUCAAGUUUUGAUGAAAACAAUUCAAAAUUGAUAAGUCUUAAAUAAAAAGUAGAUGAAAGAUUAAGUAAUUUAAAAAAAUCAAAAUAAAAUUAAUCUGAAAUAAAAAUUUUAAAUUUAAUAAAUGUACAAUCUGAAAAUGAAUUAGAAAAACUUGAAGAGACUUAAUCUGAAGAUUUCGAUUAAGAAAAAUAGAUUGAACAAAGAUAGUUACUUAAUGAAGCUAUUAUUGAGCCAAAUUAAGAAAUGAAUAUGGAAGAGAAAUUAGAUUAUAUAGCAAACGAGUUAAUGAAUGAAGUAUUUGAAAAUCUAACAGAAGGUAAAAAUAAAUAAUAUUUUAGAAUUGUUAAAUAAGCAAGAUUAAUUUGGAUUAUUAAUUUAAUAGUUUUCACCAUCUAUGUCUUAAAUACCAACAUCAAUACUUGAGAUUAGAUAUUAUCUUCAUAAUUUUUUUGAUUAUAUAUUACCUCAAUAUGGUGAAGAGAUUGUAAAAAAGAUAAAUAUUCCUUAUGGAUAUUCUCCAUAAAAAAGAUUAGAAUUAUUUUAUGGCAAUUAUUGUUAAAAUAAAAUAGAUUAAGAUUAUGUUAAUUAUGUGAUGUUGGAUUAAUAUUUUUUUGAAUAUGAAUUUUAUCGCCUUUAAGAAAAUGAUUUUUCAAAUAUGAAUCAUGUUUCAAAAGCAUUAAAAGAACUUGAACAUAUUCAUAAUAGAGCUAUUUUUGAUGCAUGUAAUGAAAUAUUGAAUACCUUUAGACCAUAUUAUUACUGUAAAUUAUUAUUUAUUCAUAUCAUAGAAAAUGGAGAGCCUUAUCCUUGGGAUACUAGAACUCCACAUUAAGAGAUUAAAUGUGAAGAUUUUUGUGAUAUUUUGAGUAAAAUGGAAUCUAGAAUAAUGAAGUUUGCUAAUUGCUUAUGUGGAUUUUUACCAAUCGAAGAAGAAUAUUAAGUUCCAAGAGAGAAAUAAGUGAUUUUAGAAGCAAAGAGUUCAGAAAUGAUGAUAUAACAAAUGAAUGCUCAACAGAAUCCAGAAUUAUAUGAUUCAGAUUUUUAAUAUUAUUAUGAUCCAAUCAUAUAGAUAAGAGAAUAAAGAGUCAAUAAAAUGUUGAUUUAAGAUGUAAAUAAUUAUUUAUAUAAAAAAGAUGUAAGAAGAUGAAUUUAGAUGGAAUUUAGCAUCAGAUGAUAAAUUAGAGCUUUUGAUGGAAAUAGGAGAUAUGGUAUUUGAAUAAUGUAUAGAUGAAUUUAUAUAAGAUGCAAUCUUAUUAUGA